AUGCACUGGAGAGCAAGGAGAGUGGUCCAGCAAAGGGGCUCCUGCAGGGGUCCCUCUGCACACUCCCAGAGACAGCGCUGGGGCAAGCGCGAGCCGGACAGGCACUGGGCGACUCUGUGCCUCGCUGACGAAAAUCAUCUAAACACGGGCAAAGGAGAUCCUAAGAAGCCGAGAGGCAAAAUGUCCUCAUAUGCAUUCUUUGUGCAAACUUGCCGGGAGGAACACAAGAAGAAGCACCCGGAUGCUUCUGUCAACUUCUCAGAGUUCUCGAAGAAGUGCUCAGAAAGGUGGAAGACCAUGUCUGCUAAAGAAAAGGGGAAAUUUGAAGACAUGGCAAAGGCUGACAAGGCUCGUUAUGAAAGAGAAAUGAAAACCUACAUCCCCCCCAAAGGGGAGACCAAAAAGAAGUUCAAGGACCCCAAUGCACCUAAGAGGCCUCCUUCGGCUUUCUUCUUGUUCUGUUCUGAGUAUCGCCCAAAAAUCAAAGGAGAACACCCUGGUUUGUCCAUUGGUGAUGUUGCAAAGAAACUGGGAGAGAUGUGGAACAACACUGCUGCAGAUGACAAGCAGCCCUAUGAAAAGAAGGCUGCCAAGCUGAAAGAGAAGUACGAAAAGGAUAUUGCUGCUUACAGAGCUAAAGGAAAACCCGAUGCAGCGAAAAAGGGGGUGGUCAAGGCAGAAAAGAGCAAGAAAAAGAAGGAAGAAGAAGAUGAUGAGGAAGAUGAAGAGGAUGAGGAAGAUGAGGAAGAAGAGGAAGACAAAGAUGAAGAAGAAGAUGAUGAUGAUGAAUAAGUUGGUUCUAGCGCAGUUUUUUUGUCUAUAAAGCAUUUAACCCCCCUGUACACAACUCACUCCUUUUAAA